CCCGGCCGCGGCGCGCGCCGCCUCCUCGUGCUCGAGGAGUUCAAGACGGAGAAGAGGCUGUGCAGGAUGUUCUACGCCGUCACGCUGCUCUUCCUGCUCCUCUGGGGGCCCUACGUCGUGGCCAGCUACCUGCGGGUCUUGGUGCGGCCCGGCGCCGUCCCCCAGGCCUACCUGACGGCCUCCGUGUGGCUCACCUUCGCCCAGGCCGGCAUCAACCCCGUCGUGUGCUUCCUCUUCAACAGGGAGCUCAGGGACUGCUUCCGGGCCCAGUUCCCCUGCUGCCUGAGCCCGCAGGCCACCCCGGCCACCCUCCCCUGCGACUUGAAAGGCAUCGGCUUGUGAGGGGCCCUCCUGCCUCGUACGCCCCACCCAGCCUUUCCCUCUGGCUCGGACAGUGACGUCGUUGCCCCCUCUUCUGCCCCCCUUGUUAAUUUUCUAAGAUGCCUUCACAAUGACUCUCCACGUGGACCCGCACUUGGAUUGUACAGACUACUUUUUUGGGGGGGAGAGGGAUGGGGUUCGACGUCCCCGGCCCCCCCAGCUCCGCGCAUUUGUCCUGCCAAGUGUAUGUUCAUCCUGACAAUAGGCCUUGGAGUCUUUGUUCUGGUGGAUGAUUUCUAAUGAGAGCUCAGGUGAAGAGUAACGAGAAAUGACAGCCAACUCUAAAAAGAAACGGAAGAACAGAGAGAGGCAGAGAAACGAGCCGUCUAGGGGAAUAGUCUGUAGAGGCAAAAAGCCCCUCACCCCUCAACAGCUUUUUGGAUCAAUGAAUCUAUUAAC